AUGAUGAUGAGAAUGCCAUGCAGCAGCAGUACUGCAACUACUACAAACACAUCCUUUGCCACAAACGUAGAGACUGACCGUACCUCCCUCGAUGCCACAGAAAACAGUUCAACCAGUUGGUUUCUCUUCAUGAAACAGUUGUUUCUUGAUCAAAGUUCGAUUGAUCCUUUUACUGUCUUUGAUUUGUAUUUCCCCUCCCAACAAAGCAUGAUGAUGCAGCAGAGCCCAAUCAUCAUGACCAUGAAUGAAUCUAGAAACGUAUUGAUCAACACAGAAAAUGUGAUGAAUUGUUGCCAAACGACACCUUUAGUCUUGUCUCCAGCUACUACUACUACCAUAGAUACUACUGCCGGCAGUAAUUAUCAAGCGACACGAACGAACUGGGAGGCACCCGUGAAUCUUGAAGAAAGUACUGCAGCUUUGUUUUCGGCCAACACUUUUUCAGAAGAUUCUGAGCCAUCAACCUUCAUGAAUCUUGAAGAGAAUAUGCAAUGCAUUGAAGAGUUGAAGCAUGUCUUGAUGAUGAAUGGUUUUAUACAACAAGAGCAACCGUUAGCAUCGUCACACAUGAUCUCGAGUGACCUAGGUACAUUCAUGAGUCAAUCUUUUGAUUUGUAUGACUCAUCAUUGGAAACCGAUGAAGAGACCAGUCUUCCUUCAUUCUCUGAGUCAAGUUUUGAUUCUAACAACAAUCACAAUACCAAUUCAACAAUUCCUCCUUCGCCUGUAAUCUCUCCCUUAUCAGUUCCAAAUGUAAAUUCCCAUUUAGAAUCCUCUUCCUCUUCCACCUUUAUUAAGGAAAACUCUGAAAAGCCAACUGGCAAAUCUUCGAAAGCAACCACCUCUAAAAUUUCGAAACCAUCCAAGAUGACCAUAAAAAGGAAUGUCAAGAAAAAUCCACGACUCAUUUUUGAGAAGGAAUGCAGAGAACAACGACCUCUCGAGUUUGAUAUCAUUACCACUGAAGAAAUGGCUCGAAAAGUAUCAGGAACUGCCUUGAAACAAAGGGGAAGACCAAAAAGGAACAGAAAUCAAUUCAUAGGUCAGCAACACACUCAAUAUUCCAAUGAUUCUCCAUCAUCGAGUGCUCCUGUUCAUUUUGUUUCGAAUUGUUACGACAAGUGCAGUAAAAUUUUCAAAUAA